AUGGAAGCCCUGGUCUCGAAGAUUCUGGGCUCUACGCUCAAGAAGUUCAUUAAUGGAUUCAACAAGGAGAUGUUGUCGCUCCAGAUUAUGAAGGGCACCGCCCAGGUCAAGGAUUUCGAGCUCAAUCCCGAGGCGCUGCAGGAGUUGAUGUCACUCCCCACCAAUCUCGAGGUUAUCUCUGCCAAGUGCACCGAGCUCAAUAUCAAGGUGCCCUACAUGAACCUGAAGCGAGAGCCGAUCACGUUUUCCCUGGAGCGGCUCGAUCUCCACCUGCGUGAGCCCGACACCGUCAAGCCCAUGCCCAGCACCCUCGCCCAGAGCGUGAUCGGCAAGAAGGGCGUGUCGGAGAAGGCGGAGAAGAUGGACAUGCUGCGCGGCGUGAAGCUCGAGGUGAAGGAGUGCCACAUGACCCUGGAGACCAUGGCCCGCGACCCCUUCCACCCCGAGCGCAGGCCCGGACUCAAGAUCGACGUCGAGAACAUGGUCGUCCAGUCCGCCAACGCCAAGUGGGAGGCCGUGAGCGAUCUCACCCAGACGCAGAUCUUCGACAAGGAGCAGAACGUGGGUCUGCUCUACAAGCUCAUGAAGAUCGCCAGCAUCACCAUCUCCUCCACCAUGGGCUCCGCCGACACUCCCGUGCCCAUCAUCGAAGGUCUGCCGAUCGAGAUCCGAAUUCUCACACAGUUCGACGGCAAGACGAACCUGUGGAAGUCGAGCUCGCUCGAGGCGGUGUUCGAGGAGCUCAACUUCAGCCUCACCCAGGGCAAGUGGCAGCGCCUCGCCGAGCUCAGCCUCGCUCUCCGGGACUGCUUCGCGCGUGAGAUUCCCGCCUCGGAGGCCAUCACCAUCGAGGGCCAAGAUCUCCGCGCCAACAAGCUGUCGUACGGUCUGACGCUGCACCGAUUCGUGAUCGAGUUCCUCAAGGGCCAGCAGGGCGGCGACGAGGGCUUCACCUUCUUUGGCUUCGGUCUCAGCCUCACCCUCUCGCCCGAGCGACUCAUCACCUACAUCAUCAAAGAUCUCGGCGGCCGAGGGCAGGAUCAGCCCGUGCAGUGCUGGGAGUCGCUGGUGGAGACCACCGUGUCGGCCGUCACCUUCCGCGAGCGCAAGCCCUCCGCCGACAAGGAGCCCCAGUACCUGCGCCUCCUCGCCCAGAACACCGAAAAGCGCGACGAUGCGUUCACGUCGGAGAACGGGUCGCUGGUGACGGCGCGCGUGAUGCACAGGACCAAGGUGGAGGGCGACGAGGCCACCCAGCGGCGGGUGCCCACCGUGGAGGCGCAUGUGUCGAUGCACGGCGCGCAGGUGGUCUUUGACAAGCAGGUCUGGAAGGACCUCUACUCGUGGAUCGUCGAGGGCCCGCUCGAGCAGGACUUUGAGAAGCAGACGGCCCACUUCCUCGAGCUCUUCCAGCAGAAGCGCGAGGAGGGCUCCCUCGCCGACCUCAAGGACUUCUACUACAUGAACGCCAAGUUCAACAUGACCGCGACGGAGACGUCGUUCAUUCUGCCGAACAUUCCGGACUCGAACGUGGCGGAGCUGCGCAACAACGCGAUCCACUUCGGGGUGGGCAAGCUGUCGGUGACCAACCAGCCCGACUGGCCCUUCCCGCCCUUCCUCAAGGACGCCCUCAACGCGCUCCCCGAGAAGCGCAACGAGCUCACCCCCGAGGAGGGCACCAUCCACAAAUUCCAGCGGGUGACGUGCGACGUGGUGCAGCUGGCCGAAGGCGGUCCCACGGCCACGCCGCUGCUCAACCCGGCCUACCUCCGCCUCUACGGCCGCUACUUCCCGCCCAUCUCCACCGACUCCCAGACGCACAAGCUGGAGCUGACGCUGCACACGAGCGAGCUGCACGCGCGGAUCACGGCGUCGCAGCUGCUCUACCUGCACCGCAUGGAGGAGGAGAACAUCGCGUGGGGCCUCCGCAUCGAGCGCGAGGAGCGCGAGAGGCGGAAGGUCAACCGCAUGAUGCGCAUCGCCGCCGGCGGGGCCGACGCGGCCUCGACCGAGCCCGGCCGCAAGGCCGACGACGAAGAGAAGGAGCUGACCCUCGCCGAGAAGCAGAAGCUGAUCGUCGACGCCAUCCGCUACGGCAUCGCAAACUUCCAUGUGACGACGUUCGUGCGGAUCGACAAGGCGCUCUUCAACUUCCCCUCGCCCGGCGCCCUCGCCGGCGUCGUCGACCACUGGGACCUGACCUCCCCCGCCACCGGUGAGGAGAACAAGGAGAAGGAGGAGGUGACGGAGCUGCAGCCCAUCGACGAUUCGACCCUGGCGCUGCUCAAGUUCGAGCGGUUCGAGACCCUCUUCGACAACACCGGCGACAGCCAGAGCGCCUCCAUCCGACUCAAGGCCUUCGAGUGGACUAACGGAGGGCUGGUGGUGCAGGCGACGGGGCUGGACCACCCUCGCUUCCCGGCGGCGGCCAUCGUGCGUCCGCUCCCGUCGAUGGAGCAGAGCGCGCACCUGCUGAGCCUGCAGGUGCACCGCAAGUGCCCGGCCGGCGCUCCUCAGGCCAUCCGCUUCGUGGUGUCGGUGGGUCGGGAGGCGAGCUUGAAGGACAGCAUCCGCGAGCUGUGGCCCAAGGUGCGCGCGCUGGCCACGAAGGCGCUGGAUGCCUACAAGGAGAACCCCGAGCUCCGCCAGAAGGUCGCCGACCAGAUCCAGCAGGGCGCCGAGUUUGGCUACGCCGUCACGCAGGAGGUGGUGGGCGAGCUCGACACCAACAACUUUGGCUGGCGACUGGAGCUCGGCGAGUGCGAGUUCAAGCACGUCGACCGCGACGACCAAAUCGACGCUCCCGCGGACGCGGCGCGUGGUGUGGUGAGGCUGUCGAGCUCGAACAGGGAGGUGCUGAGCAAGCAGUUCAAGGACGUGGAGGACCAGCUGAUCAACAGCAAGCUGGCCCUGGCGCAGAUGCAGGCCGAGAAGUUCGACCUCCAGUCCGACGCGAGCGCGGCCGACGACCGCCUGGCCAAGAUGCAGGCCGAGAUGAAGACCCUCGAGCAGCAGCUCGUGGCCACCAAGAUCGCACUGGCCGAGGCCCAGGCCGCCAACGACAACCUCAACACCGAGCUCAAGAAGGUCCAGCAGGGCGGCGCUGGUGCCGGCGGUGCCGGCGCGGCUGCCAAGAAGGGCGUCUCGUCCUUCUUCGGCCGCAAGGGCUGA